GCACUCGCUGUGUCGCUUGGCAAUGUCGCGGCUCGCGGGCUGUAGCAGUUUGGCGGUACCCGACUGCAUCUUACGCCGAACUCUGGCGCCGUUCACAACUGCGACGAACCAGCGCUCUCAAGUGGUCUGUCGAGAGACGCUCUACCUUUUGGACAUCUCGCGCUACACCAGCGACCAGGGCUCCUCUGUCUACUUCCCAAACACCAUCUUCACCGGCGAUAACUUGUACGACGUCACGCUGAGCGAUGGUGACUGCCGCCUGCGCGUCACUCUGGAUCCCAGGCUCAACGGGCUGGUGGAGAAGUAUGUGCUGCGGCGGGGCUUGGCCGUGCAGAACGCCACACUGGCCCCCGCCAUGACUGGCUUGACGGACCGCACAGAGAACGAAAGCUUCAUCCUGGUAAGUGUGGAGAUAAUAGCAUCAGAGACAAAAACCAAAUCGGACCAGGAUUCGCUGCCCUGGACCGGCUCGUCCGACGUGUCAGGUCCUCUGUUGGCCAAUCGGAAGCUCUUUCUGCCACUGUGGAACAACGUGGACUUUCACGGGGACGCCUGGAUGAAGACGGCGCCUCCCCCGGAGGAGCAGGAGGAGACGCCCACAGCUCUCCGCCCCACCGUGACUGUCAAAGACCUCCGCCAGGGGUUCUUGGCUCACGACGUCUGGGCCCUUCGCACCAUCCAGCGCCGGCUGAUUUUACGCAUCACAGCCAAGUCGCACCUGACGUAUUACGGCAGAGCAGAAAAGAACUGCGCCAUCCCCUAUCAGGCGCUGUUAAAGGCGCACGACUCCUCGGGAAGUGUGUCGCUGGUGUUGUGGAACAGCGCGUGCGUCCACUGGUACCGCGCAAUCAAGCCUGGCGACGUGGUCAGCCUGAGCCACUUCCGCGUCAAGAACCAGUACCAAUCAGAAGGCGACGACAUCGAGAUCAGCGUGAACAGCCGGAAUCCCGCCACUCGCAUCGCGCCGAUCUCGGAGGCGUCGGUGGCGCCCGACUGCCUGCCGCCACCAGCACCCGCUUCCAACUUCUGCGACAGUGCGGAACUUCCAUCUCGCUCUCCGGGCACCCAGUGCGACGUCAUCGGCUUGUUGACUUUCACGGGGCGUGCCGAGCGGACGAGAAAGGAUUCAGAGUUGUUGGAGUAUCGCUGGCUGCGGUUGGAGGAUGGACGCAGCUCUUGCCCAAUCUGGAUCCAGCUGUUCGCCACCUCUCAGCCGCAGACGCACAGCCACCUCCACCCAUUGAUGGUGCUGUUGUGUUCUUGCCUGAAGGUGGUCCAGACGGCCGCGGGCGCCUCGUACUUGACCAACACCCCGUUCACGCAGCUACACCGCUCAGGUAAACGCAAGAGCCAACUGCCGGCGGUCAAGCAGUUCCUCGACUGGUUCCGGCAACAGGAUGAGAAACGCCUGUUGCGCUCGGCUCUGAUUGGCGGAUUCUUCACGUACCCGCCCCUUCCCGUCUCCCUGGAAGAGUACAUGAGACACAGGCAAGGGGAUCCUGGUUUCCUCCAGGGGGCGGAGCUUCUGAGGGAGAUCAAGACCCUUUGUUAUAGGGAGCGACGCACCUUCUGUAUCCAGGCUACCGUUACCAUGGUUAGGUAUUGUCGCAGAGGAAAGGAGAAUCGUUGCAUCUUUUGGCGAGAUACGUCUUCGUGUCUGUCCUCCUUCUCACCCUCCUCAUCCUCCAAGUUUUUGCCAUCAGCUGUCAAUCAGUCGACUCCCCGCUCAUUGCCAUCUCCCGCCAGUGGCAGGACUUGCAAAAGAAAGCUUUUGCUCCACUCAGACACGCCGCAAAAGGGACGUCCUCGUGCGACCGUCCAGCCCGAAGCCGGCAACAAGACAGCCAUUCUUUUCGACACGUCCAUGGAGUUCCUACAAGACACAGACGAGGAAGAGGAAGACGACGACAGCUCGUCGUACGCCACCUGCCCUUCCCCGCCGGAUCCCCCUCGUGUCUUCGUGGAGACGCUGGCCAUGCGCUACGACCCCGCCCAUGAGAAAAAGCAGGUGGCUGCCGUGACAAUGGGAGGAACCCUGACCUGUGCCGCCGUCUUCGCCUGCGAGGACUAUUACACGCUCAGUCUCAAAGCUUUGUCGGAUGGCGUGUGCGUCGACGCAAUCUUCCUCCCUCAGUCGUCCUCUUCCUCCCUCUCGCCAUCCUCCCACUCACACGGAAACACCUGGGCCUCCGUCUUGUCCCACGGAGCCUUCUCGUCACACGCGCCGCCGCCCUCGCCAGGGGAUCUCAUCGCUACGGCAACGCUGCUGGCCAAUCAAAAGCUGGCGUGCUUACUGGAUGUUUGCAAUCUGGGCAGAGAAUCGACUGAGGUGGUCAUCAGCCGGGCCUUCCGGAUGACCUGAGGACUCCCAUGUUUGUUUUUCCGACAGCACAUUUGCAUCACGUUGGACAAAUUUGGAUUGUUCGCCAUGUUGUUUUGUACGUUACUGAUGACAUUUUUGCACUACUUAUCAUUUUUAAUGAAAGGCAUUUCCCUGUAUGAGUGUAUGUUUUACACUUUAUUCUGUUUUCAUUAAAAAGUGUCACCACA